GACGUGCUCGUGCUGUCGACGCAGGACUGGUGGCACUCGACGCGACUGCCGCCCCUCGGCAGCUUCCUCUCUGCCUCACAGGGGAGGGAGGGCGGAUCGGUGAAUGAGCGGACACGGCGAGUGGACCGUCAGGCGGCGGUCUCUCCGUCUCCUACGCCAGGGAGUUCACCCUCUCGCCCUCGGGCAGACCAGGCGCUGCCGGCGGCGCGGAGGCGGGCGGCGGGCCGACGAGCUUCACAAACGUGGACGGCCUCUUCGCGAGAGAGGCGAUCGAGGCGGGCACCAUCAUCAUGUCGGAGGAGGAGGGGUGCGGCAUGGAGCUGCCGACCUCCGCCACGCCGAACUGCGAGGUGGUCGAGGUGGAGGACGAGGAGCAGGGCGGCUCCUCGCUCUGCCUCGUCGCCUGCCGUCGCAUCCGCUCGGGUGAGUUUCUCUGCAUCGCAGAGGACGACGACUAGAGAGGCUGCUGGCUCACUGGCUGGCGUGUGCUUGGGGUCACCGAACGUGCUUGAAGAGAGAUCGAACGUCGUCGUAGAUUUUGCCCGAUCGGCGAUCGUUUUCUUUCGCACACAAAUUCUCAUGUGCCAGUCAGUCCGCGCCAGUCCGCGCCCUUGUCGUGCCAGUGUGCUGUGAGAGAGGCUUGACGUAAGAAUUCUUCUGUU